AUGACUAAGCGAGCUCGACCCCAGGGGCAGGCGGUACCAGAGGGCAGUAUGCCCCGACACGAGGAUCAUGUCACGAGACUGGCCGUGAGGCUGAAGAUGCGCCCAUCCAGUCGGGACGAAUUUGCGAUCGCGAUCAUCUGCGCGCUGACACUCGAAGCAGAGGCAGUUGAAGACCUUUUUGAUGAAAUUUACGACAGGUUGGGCGAACACUACAGGAAAGAACCGGGCGAUGAUAAUGCAUAUGUUAAUGGGAGGAUUGGAAAUCAUAACGUGGUGGUGUGCUAUAUGCCUGGCAUAGGCAAAGGGAGUGCAGCCAGUGUGGCAUCGAGCUUGAAAAUCAGCUACAAAAGGAUUGAAGUGGCGCUGGUUGUCGGUAUUUGUGGAGGUGCACCAUACCCAUUAUCUGGUGGAGAGGUCUUUCUAGGGGAUGUCAUAAUCAGUGACUCUGUGGUACAGUACGACUUCGGCAGGCAGUAUCCUGGUGGCUUUAAAAAGAAACUGGGUGUCAGGGACACGCUUGGACGACCAAACCGAGCUAUCCGUUCAAUACUGGCAAGUCUCCAGGCAAGACGAUCGCGCAAAGACCUUCAAGAUAAGCUGCUACAACAUCUACAAGCACUUCAGGAAUCACUAUCUGAUUGGCAUUACCCAACUAUUGAUGACAUCCUCUUCGAAGCUUCAUACCAACAUAAGCACUAUGGCCUGACUUCACCUGCGUGUCCUUGCCUUGAUAGCAUGUCUGAAGAUAUCUGCAAGACAGCUGUCGAAUCACCUUGUACUUCUCUAGGCUGUGAUAUGGACCGGUCAGAAGGUGUUGUUGGUUUCGAGAUGGAGGGUGCAGGGGUGUGGGACAACAUAUCAUGCAUUAUUAUAAAAGGGGUGUGUGACUAUGCAGAUAGCCACAAGAAUAAAGCAUGGCAAGCAUAUGCAGCGGCGACUGGAGCUGCGGCCGCCAAAUCUUUCUUGGAGUACUGGGAGCCCACUGCUCGAGAAGAUCUUUCAGCGGUUCCUGUGAUUGAGGAGUUCAUUGGACGAGAAGAAGAACUAAACUGUCUAUGGGAUUAUCUACAACCAGCAAGUUCACAGACACGAAGGGUGGCUGUCCUCCAUGGUCUGGGUGGGAUUGGCAAAACACAACUAGCAAUUCACUUUGCACGAAAACACAAGAAUGAAUUUACAGCCAUAUUCUGGCUGAACAGCAAGGAUCAAUCUGCCUUGGUUUCAUCUUUGAGUUCUUGCCUCUCUCAGAUACAAGGACCGCCUAUAGAGGAUCAGGCAGUCAACAAAGAGGAAGCAGUACAAAGGGCAAACCAAGUACUACAGUGGCUGGCAAGGCCAGGCAACACUAGAUGGCUCAUUAUCUUUGACAACGUCGACCAGUAUUCUCCAAUCCAAGGCCAUGGUCACUGUGGAUUUGAUGUCUACGAAUUCUUUCCAAAGGCUGAUCAUGGAUCUAUCAUGAUCACUUCCCGGCUCCAAGGGCUCACUGAACUUGGGAAGUCAUUUCCAGUUCAGAAACUUAUAUACAAAGAUGCUACGCAGCUAUUGUUGCAAAGCAGCGGCUUUUCAGCUAAAGACAUUACACAGAUGGGAGCUGAACAAGACCUUAUGAAUCUUGCCAGCCUGCUGGAUGGGCUCUCGCUGGCAAUUGUCAUAGCUGGGGCUUUCAUGUGUCAAACAGGAACAACUUUUAAAGAGUAUCUGGAGCUCUACCGGACUUCCUGGUUUGACUUGCAGUCUCAGUCGGCACCCAAACGCCAAUACCAGCAAGGCAACAUUGUACAAACAUGGAAUAUCACCUAUAAAGAGAUCCAGAAACAUGAUUCCACUGCCGCGAAACUCUUGCUCCUACUUGCAUUUUUUGAUAACCAGGAUAUCUGGUAUGAACUAAUUCGAAACGGUUUGGACUACUCAAACCCGCCACAAUGGUUUGAGACAGCAGUGUCAAGCAAGCUGGUCUUUAAAGCAAAGCUAAAAGCACUAGUUAAGUUCUCGCUUGUUGAAAUAAAGCAGCAGGAGGGAAGCUAUACUCUGCAUCCCGUGGUACAGGACUGGUGUUAUCAUAUUGCUGCCUUGGAUGGACUCACAAAUCAACUACAGGAGCUGGCGUUCAUCUCGGUAGGAAAUAUGGUCCCCAGUUAUGACACCAGAGAUUAUGCAAGGCUUGAGCAGCGAUUACUUCCUCACGCAAAUAAUCUAAUUCAAAGGAAUAUAGGCCAUUGGCUUGAUAUACAGCCUGAAGACAGAAUCAACAUUUUUGGCGCCUUUCAUGGCUUAGGUAAUCUCUACUCUGAUCAGCGCAAGCUGAAAGAGGCAGAGGAAAUGUAUCAGCAAGCACUGGCAGGCAAGGAGAAAGCACUGGGUCCUGACCACACGUCCACCCUUGAUACAGUCAACAAUCUUGGGAAUCUCUACUCUGAUCAGGGCAAGCUGAAAGAGGCAGAGAAGAUGUAUCAGCGAGCAUUGGCAGGCAAGGAGAAGGCACUGGGUCCUGACCACACAUCCACCCUUGAUACAGUCAACAAUCUUGGGAUUCUCUACUCUGAUCAGGGCAAGCUGAAAGAGGCAGAGGAAAUGUAUCAGCGAGCACUGGCAGGCUAUGAGAAGGCACUGGGUCCUGACCACACGUCCACCCUUGUGACAGUCAACAAUCUUGGGAAUCUCUACUCUGAUCAGGGCAAGCUGAAAGAGGCAGAGAAGAUGUAUCAGCAAGCACUAAAAGGCUAUGAGAAAGCACUGGGUCCUGACCACACAUCCACCCUUGAUACAGUCAACAAUCUUGGGAGUCUCUACAAGAAUCAGGGAAAGCUGAAAGAGGCAGAGGAAAUGUAUCAGCAAGCACUGGCAGGCAAGGAGAAGGCACUGGGUCCUGACCACACAUCCACCCUUGAUACAGUCAACAAUCUUGGGAUUCUAUACAAGAACCAGGGCAAGCUGAAAGAGGCAGAGGAAAUGUAUCAGCGAGCACUGGCAGGCAAGGAGAAGGCACUGGGUCCUGACCACACGUCCACCCUUAUGACAGUCAACAAUCUUGGGAGUCUCUACUCUGAUCAGGGCAAGCUGAAAGAGGCAGAGAAGAUGUAUCAGCAAGCACUGGCAGGCUAUGAGAAAGCACUGGGUCCUGACCACACGUCCACCCUUAUAACAGUCAACAAUCUUGGGAAUCUCUACUCUGAUCAGGGCAAGCUGAAAGAGGCAGAGAAGAUGUAUCAGCAAGCACUGGCAGGCUAUGAGAAAGCACUGGGUCCUGACCACACGUCCACCCUUGUGACAGUCAACAAUCUUGGGAAUCUCUACUCUGAUCAGGGCAAGCUGAAAGAGGCAGAGAAGAUGUAUCAGCAAGCACUGGCAGGCUAUGAGAAAGCAGUGGGUCCUGACCACACAUCCACCCUUGAUACAGUCAACAAUCUUGGGAUUCUCUACUCUGAUCAGGGCAAGCUGAAAGAGGCAGAGAAGAUGUAUCAGCAAGCACUGGCAGGCUAUGAGAAAGCACUGAGUCCUGACCACACGUCCACCCUUAUGACAGUCAACAAUCUUGGGAGUCUCUACAAGAAUCAGGGCAAGCUGAAAGAGGCAGAGGAGAUGUAUCAGCAAGCACUGGCAGGCAAGGAGAAAGCACUGGGUCCUGACCACACGUCCACCCUUAUGACAGUCAACAAUCUUGGGAUUCUCUACUCUGAUCAGGGCAAGCUGAAAGAGGCAGAGGAGAUGUUUCAGCGAGCACUGGCAGGCUAUGGGAAGGCACUGGGUCCCAAUCAUUCAAAAACUUGUGUAGUCGCAAACAAUCUAGUGUCUCUUGCUAGCCUUCACGCUGAGCAAGACAGCCCUCGCCACAUCCAUGUUUCCCCCGACCCCCACCCGCAGUAG